GGCCAGCCCCCUGAUACACUGCUGUUGUCCUUACAGCCAGUCGACACCACAUUAGGGGCUGAGCCACCCCCAUGGAAGGGAGAGGACCAUACCGGAUCUACGACCCUGGGGGCAGCGCACCUCCGGGAGAGGCAUCUGCAGCUUUUGAGCGCCUAGUGGAGGAGAAUUCCCGGCUGAAGGAAAAAAUGCAAGGGAUAAAGAUGUUAGGGGAGCUGUUGGAGGAGUCCCAGAUGGAAGCAUCCCGACUUCGGCAGAAGGCAGAGGAGCUGGUCAAGGACAGUGAGGUGCUCCAGUCACCAUCUUCCUCCCUGGCCUCGUUUGAUCACCUGGCUGAGCUGACAGGAAAGAAUACAAAUGUCCCAGCACCUCCCGCUGAUUCUGCACACCCCAGUGGCAAGCCAGAACCAGUCCCCAAACCUCCAUCCAGUGGCACCUCCUCUGAAUUUGAAGUGGUUCCCACUGAGGAGCAGAAUUCCCCACCAGAGAGUGGUGGCUGCACCAGGAACACGAUGGAGCUGGGCCCUCUGCCUCAUGAGGACAGCAACCUGAUGCUGCAUCUGCAGCGGCUGGAGACCACACUUAGUGUGUGCGCCGAGGAGCCGGACCACAGCCAGCUCUUCACCCACCUGGGCCGCAUGGCCCUUGAGUUCAACCGGCUGGCCUCCAAGGUGCACAAGAAUGAGCAGCGCACCUCCAUCCUGCAGACCCUGUGUGAGCAGCUUCGGAAGGAGAAUGAGGUCCUGAAGGCCAAGCUGGACAAGGGCCUGGAACAAAGGGAUCAGGCUGCUGAGAGGCUUCGAGAGGAAAAUAUGGAGCUCAAGAAGUUGUUGACGAGCAGCAGCUGCAAAGAGGGUGUCUCCGGACAGCCAGACUCCCCAAAGAUGGAAGACACACCGAAGAAGGUGGUGGCUGGCCAGCAACAGGUUGGUAUGACAGCAGGGAAGAUGCCAGAGGCGGGCACCUUAGGCCCAGCUGAGAAGAAGGUGAAGAUGCUGGAGCAGCAGCGUACUGAGCUGCUUGAAGUGAACAAGCAAUGGGACCAGCAUUUCCGCUCCAUGAAGCAACAGUACGAACAGAAGAUCACUGAGUUGCGCCAGAAACUGUCCGACAUGCAGAAGCAGGUGACUGACCUGGAGGCUGAGCGUGAGCAGAAGCAGCGUGACUUUGACCGCAAGCUCCUCCUGGCCAAGUCCAAGAUUGAAAUGGAGGAGGCUGAGAAGGAGAAGCUGACGACAGAGACCAAGGAGCUACGCCAGAAGGUCAAGUACCUACAGGACCAGCUGAGCCCACUCACUCGGCAACGGGAGUACCAGGAAAAGGAGAUCCAGCGACUCAACAAGGCCCUAGAGGAAGCACUAAGCAUCCAGACCUCCCCUUCAUCUCCACCAGCAGCAUUUGGAGGUCCAGAAGGAGUGGGGGGCCUCCUAAGGAAGCAGGAGCUUGUCACCCAGAACGAAUUGCUAAAACAGCAGGUGAAGAUCUUUGAGGAGGAUUUUCAACGGGAGCGAAGCGAUCGAGAGCGCAUGAAUGAGGAGAAGGAAGAGCUGAAGAAGCAGGUGGAGAAACUGCAGGCCCAAGUCACCCUGUCGAACGCCCAGAUAAAAGCUUUGAAAGACGAGGAGAAGGUGAAAGAAGCCCUCAAACAGCAGAAGAGAAAAGCGAAGUCCUCCGGAGAGCGUUACCAUGUGGAGCCCCACCCAGAUCACCUCUGUGGAGCCUACGCCUACGCCUACCCACCCAUGCCAGCCAUGGUGCCUCACCAUGGCUUCGAAGACUGGUCCCAGAUCCGCUACCCUCCACCCCCCAUGGCCAUGGAGCACCCACCUCCACACCCCAACUCACGCUUCUUCCGCAUGGUGUUGAUUACUAAACACCAACUGUGUUCCAGCCGGAGUACACCUGGCGUUCACCACAUGGAGGGAUACGGAAUCAGAGCUCCCAGGUGA